CAAGGCAAAGUGCAAGGACAAGAGAGCAAAAGGGGGCGGAGGAGAGGAAGGAAGAGGGAAGGAAGCGUCUUCUCCACCGGGACGCAAUUCCUUGGGAGUCCGUCUGACCCCAGGGCAAAGGGAUGCUGGGUCGCCAGAGCCGCCGCGGAGACGGGAAGUCCCGCCAGGCCUCGGAGCCCAGCAAAGAGGAACCAGGGCGGACGGGCCAAACCCAGCGGCCGGCUCCGGGGGUGGGUGGUGGCGCUGUGGGGAGCCGCCUGAGCAGCAUCACCAGCAGCUGGGAACCCUCCCGGUGCGGGAAGGUUGGCGGGAGACAGGCCAGGAAGCGCCCCAGCCCACGACCGCCCGCAGCAGAGCAGGAUUCCCUCCCCGGCGGCCACCGCUGUCAAGGGACGGGCAAGACUUUGUUACCCCACCGCGCGCCACCGCGGAACGCUGCACAGACACCUCCAGACGCCGCUUCCUCCAGGACGCCCGCCCGCCCGCUCUGCCCACCUAUCCCUGGACGCUCGCUGCCGGGUGGACGGGUGGGGACGACCCUGCUUCCCCACGACUCCCCAGACGCGCCCCGAGGCACUUUCGGAGCACAGUGGAGUGGGAAGGGCGGGGCGGCCCCUCGACGGCGCCCAGGCGAGAGCGGCUCACGGGGCUUCCCGGGCCCUAAUCUCGGGGGACGCCCGUCCGCCUCGUCCCCUGGGGAGGACAGUGACCGCCGGUCUGCACGGGAAGGGGACUCGGCGCAUGCCCCGCAGGCCCGGCCCAGGACUGGGAGGCUCGGAAGGCGACGCCGAGGCGGCGGCGGCGGCGGGGUGGGGCGGGGCGGGGCGUGGAGGGACAGACCUAGUCUCCGCCCGCCGGGGCCCAAAGCUACCUCGCUCCCAACCUCCGCCUCGGUCGCUCCCCGUGGGCUCCAGGCGCCCACAGGAAGCUCCGCCCCCGACCCGCCUAUCCAUCCUCCUCUUCGCCUGUCCUCGCCAAUGACCGUGCUCAGAUUGCACGGAAUUCCCGCCCCUCGCCCUUGACGGACG